CUCACCUGUGCACCUCCUCACCUGUGCACCUCCUCACCUGUGCACCUCCUCACCUGUGCUCAUCUCCAUUGUCUUUUGUCUUUUCGGUUGGCGCAGUGUCUGUGCGGCUGUGUGUGGUUUUUGUGUGUUCGUUUGUUUAAUCCAUGGAGGCAGACGGUUCCCAGACGGCACCUUCAACGUUGUAGAAAUACUAGCUCCCUUGGUAUAGUGGAACGAGUGUAAAACUGAAAAGUGAUGAGGGCGAGUGUUUCUUAUCUCCGCUGAGCUGGAAGACACACUGCUGGAAUUUAAGGGAGGGAGCUGCUCUGCUCUUUUCAUCUGACUGGAAACUUUAUCAGCAGUCUGUCAACUGGAAUCACUUGGCAUAGUGUUUGCCAUUUCCCCGACAUCUCCCUCCUGCUGUCUUCUCACUGCUGAGGAAAACUAUCGAUACAUCAAGUGGGACCCCCGGACUGCAAGGUGCACACAUUCCUCGCAAAGCAACCUAUAGGAGAAGGCUGCAGCCGCCCAGCCUUUAAGGACUGACAUCACUGCAAGGGUGUGGCCCCAUGGCUCUGCAGGUGCUGGGUAUCAGCCUGUCCAUGAUAGGCGUUGCUGGGACCAUCCUGAUCUGCGCUCUGCCCAUGUGGAAGGUGACAGCGUUCAUCGGCACCCAUCUGGUGGUCAUGCAGGUGUUCUGGGAGGGUCUGUGGAUGACCUGUGUCAGCGAGUACACAGGGCAGCUGCAGUGUAAGCUCUAUGAUGCCCUGCUGGACCUGGAACCAGACCUCCAGGCAGCACGUGGCCUCAUCUGCAUCAGCCUGGUGCUGGGAUGUUUGGGAUUUCUCAUCUUUGUCCUGGGAGCUCGCUGCACCAACUGCCUGAGCCACCCGAGGAUCAAGGCUCGGCUUGUGGUGAGCUCCGGGGCCACCUUCUGCCUCGGAGCCCUCACCACUGUAGUUGCGGUUUCCUGGACGGCCAACUCCAUCAUCACCGACUUCCACAACCCACGUGUCCCUGAGGCGCUGAAGAGGGAGCUCGGAGCAGCCAUAUAUUUAGGCUUUGUGACAUCUGGGCUGCUGUUCUGUGGGGGAGCCAUUCUGUGCACGAGCUGCCCACCACAGAGGCCCAGACUACCCUCCAGUGGGUACACACUGGCCAGGACAGCCACACACAGCAGCUACGCCAUCAAGAACUAUGUGUGAAGUAUGGACUGAGGAGUGAACACCGA